AUGGAUUCCAAGAAAAAAGAAAACGUCGUUCUUACAGGAUUCGGUCUAUUUCGUACAUAUACAAUGAAUCCAUCGUGGGAGGCUGUUCGAUUGAUUGAUGAACAAAAAUUUGAUUGUUCGAAUAUUGAAUUGGUCAAAAUACAAAUUCCUGUUGCAUAUGAUGAAGUUGAAAAAUGUGUAAAAGAAAUAUGGAAAAAAUAUCAACCAAAAUUAGUGAUCCAUUGUGGUGUAUCAAGUAUGGCAAGGAAUUGUUUACAUUUAGAAAAACGUGCCGUAAUCAAUAAGGAACGUUAUUGUCAACCAGAUAUUAUGUCAUGUUUGCCAAAAUGUUGUCCAAAUGAUCAUGUGGAUCCAUCACCAAAACCAUUGGAUUAUGUUUGUACUGAAAUGCAUCUAGAAUCAAUACGUGAUGAAAUCAAUAAACAUUAUUAUGAUGGCCACAUAAUGAUUCCGGCUAAAAUAUCCGAUUUUGCUGGUGAAUUUCUUUGUGAAUUUAUUUACCGUUGUUCAUUACAAUAUGAUUGCCAUAGAACAUUAUUCAUUCAUGUACCAGAUAUUAAUCGAGAUUUAUCGAUUGAAGAUAUUGCAAAAUGUUUAGAAUUGAUUAUUCAUUUAGCAUUGAAACAAUUGGAUUCUGGAUCUUCUGGAUUCUAUUCAUCCAAAAGCAACAAACAAUCGAGAAUUCAAUCGAAUGCAAUUGAUCGAUGAAUGAAUUGUAAUUGUAAUUUAAUUUAAUUUAAUUUU